CUGUAAACGCCGCGGGCAGCGCAGUCGAGGAAAAAAAACUGAGCGGUUGUGGGUGUCGUGCGUUCGAUUGUUUUCGGCAGGAAAAAACUCGUGAAAUCAAAGAAAGACCCGCAAACGCGCUUCGACCUGACUCGCUUUUGAUUCGGCUCGGAAUUUCAGGGAAAUAGCGGGAGGCGACGCGGAAAUUAAGGACUCGAGUUGUUGUGGCUUAGCCUGGAAACACAAAUAAGGAAGGGGAGAGGAGGAGAAGAUUUCAGUGAGAAGGAGGCAGAAACAAGGAGUGCAGAAGGAGAGAAAGAGAGGGCAGCAUCGGCAGUCAGUUACCGUUAUCACGACCGGCAAUAACAAAUCAUGUUGAUCUCGUGCAAGUGCUCGAAUUUCGUUGCCUCGACCUCGAAAUUGCAGCGCAGCAACAGCGGCGGCGGCCCCGGCCUGGCCAACGGUUAUCCUGGGGCGGGCGGCACGCCUAUCGGCGAGGUGCCCCUCUCCACCCUGCUGUCGCAGGUGUUCCAGCAGAAGUACCCGCGCGACUUUGUCUUCUACAGCCAGUUCAUGGAUUUCUUCAAGCACGCCUACGGACCCAUUCCAGACCUCACCGUGGCCGUGAUCAACCAGCGGGAGCUGCUGUUCGGCCUCACUCUGGACGCCGCCGGGCAAAGCUGGCAGCUCAGCCUGUGCAUCAACUGCAAGGAGGUGCUGUGCGCCAAGCGACUGACGGCGGGGGCCGGAGCCACGCCCACGCUCUACCUCAUCAACUGCACGCUGCUGAGCAGCAGCGAGGAGCUGGCCCAGCGCAAGUCCAACAAAUCCUACUCGGAGACCUUCGAGCUGCUGAUCAUGGACCAAACAGGCGCUGGCGACUCCCAGUCUCUAACCAGUGGAAUAUCCAACUCCGCCUCGAGUAUGAGCAUUGGUUCGCUCUCGGCGAAUCCCACAGAUGCCAGGCUGCAGAGGCUGAGGAUGAUCCAGGCGCACCAGCAGGCGCGCUUGCAGGAGGAGAUUUUGGAGACGAACGAGCGAAUCGAGCGGUAUACGCGCAAUCAGUUCCAGUUGCUGAACAGUUUCCGGGAGAAGUCGGAUCAGGAUUGUGCGUUGCUAUUCAGACUUAUCCGUGCGUUGCCCGAGCAGGCCUCGGAGCUGCUGGAUCGUGCCAUGCCCCCCGCCUUAGAUGUGGCGGCUAAUCAGCCGCAGAGUGCCACUGCCAGGCGCAGGAACACCAUCAGUAGUCGGCGGGAAUUGAAUGGUGGACCCACCACGCCCACCACCACCUUGAAUCAUCCGCCCAGCUUCCUUACACUAAACCAGCAGCCGCAACAACAGUUGCAGUCGCAACAGCAGCAGCAGCAACAGCAUCAGCAACAACAGCCAUUGCAGCAGAGCGUCUCGGUGGCCAGGAAGAUGUCGCACUUCGACACACCGCCCGCCACCCCAGAAGCCACGCCCAUGAGCGUGGGCAACAGUCCCACCUUCCGGCAGCAAUCGGCCACCUCCGGUGGUGCUGGUGGUUUACCCACCCAGAUGUUGGCCACCCACGGCGGGGGUCAGUCCAGUGCAGCCGAUGAUGCGGAUGACUGUCUCUUUGACCUAGAGGAUGUGGAUGCUCCGGCGCCGCCGCCGGUUCAGUCCGUGCCAGUGCCCAGCUACCCGCGCAGCCUGAUUUAUUUGCAGGAGCACCACGACACGUCGUUCCGGCAGAUGAGCCAGCAAAAUGGCUUGGGUGGAGUGCUGGACGAUGAGGCUGCCGACGAAGCUGAAGAUGCUCUCGACCCGGACAGCUCCAUUUCCAUACCCACGCGAGGCGGAAGAGGCGGUCGCCCCAGCCAGGCGCAGUUGAUGAACUUCGCCAAGAGUCUGCCCAUCGAGAUUGCCAACACCACGCUGGCCGAGCGAGCUGCUGCGGCCAACAAUAACAAUUAUGCGCUGGGAGGCGAAGAGGUGAGAUCACCAUUAAAGAGCCCUAAUGCACAAGAAACUAACGAUUUACUUCUCGAUCAGGGAAUGGACAACAUCGACAUAGCGGCUAGCAUCCAAGCGCUAACCAAAAGCGUCCAUGGCGAGGCUGUGUUUGGCGACUUGCCACGUCCCCGCCUGCGAUCUCAGAUCGAGGGCUAGCCAGGAGGGCUGGGAUUUCGGAGUCACCACCACGUACACAUAAAUAAUAUAUCAGCUCGUAAUCCGCAUACUUGUUUGUUUGCCUGUUGCCUAGCCGCCUUGAAGAUUGUUUUCGCUAUCUAAACUAAAUUAGUUGCUCAACGAAACAAGGACACACGAAGCGCCUUUCACCACAGACACCCAACCCCCCACAUAAAACACAUAUGAAACCACAUACGCACCACCUACCAACUACUAAGUACCAACUAAGCAGACAGUUUGCAGUUUCUUUAAUUAUAUAUCGCCUAUAAGUUUUCUUUCAUUUUUCGGAUGAUCUUCGACUGGAAAUGUGUAUUUUCUUCGUACGACGAGUGUACGGCUGUCGUUGGCUGUUGCACAUUGAGUUAACUAACUGAUAAUGAUACUGAUGAUGUUGUUAGUUUAUACAAUGAAUAAUCUAGUAUACAUAAACAUUAUAUAUAUUAUACAAUACAUAAAGAAAGCCCAGCUCCAGCUGUGACGCCGGCAAGACGCACCACAAAGCGUCCAAUCUAA